AUGUGUUGCAUGAGCAGUUGUUGUUGUGUGGGCGAUGCGUCCACUGAUAAUUACGAAGACCUGUUGCAUAAAGGUCGACGAUCGUGCACUGACUGUUCAUUUCUGGUUCUUUUCCUGAUCUUUUGCGGAGGUCUGGGUUGUAUUGCUUGGUAUGCGUUGGAGCAUGGUGACUCGUAUCGUAUCAUUUUCGGAUCAGAUAGCUUUGGGAAUACAUGCGGUCGCAAUAAUGAACCAAUUUGGAUACGGUCGAAUAAUAGCGUAACAAGGAAACAGUUCGAAUUUUCCGGACAGGAUAUGACUGACAGAAGAUUCAUUUUUCCUCUGAACGCUUCGAGAGCUUUUGACACGAUAUGGGCUUGUGUUCACCAGUGUCCCGACCGGACCAUUACUAGCUACAAAGAAAUUUAUGAGCUAGCAGUGGACCAUAAUAAUAGUUUAUGCGUUGACUAUGACUCGGCGUUGAACAUCACUGAACGCAAGCCUCGUUUUGGUGUGUGUCCUCGGCUCCCGGUUUUGAAAAGUGUCGAUGUCAUGAAUCGCUGUCUACCGGAAGAUUUCCUAAGUUUCGGGAAAGAUCUUUUCAGUAAGAUACUUGAAAUAGACUUCAUCCGUGGAUUCUUUCAUGAUCUUAUUGAUACUUCGCCAUAUCUACCGCAAAUGUGUUUGUUAGCCUUGGUUUUGUCGUUGUUCUCCGUUGUCCUGCUACGAUUCUUCGCUGCUGUGAUCAUUUACUUUGUGUAUUUGGCCGUUGUGGUGAUCUCUGUAGGUUAG